ACCAAACACGGGUUCCCAAGUUGGAUGCGAGCGUCGCGCUUCCUUAGUUGCGCAUCAGGGCCACCACCACCGCUUGCUUCAACACGCACAAAACCAGCGUCAUGCAAUUUGCAGCUGACGUCGAGCCAUCUUCAUCGUGGCAUCCACCGCACCCGCCUCCAAAUCAUCGACGCUUUGAGGUGUCGCAGUCGCCACGAUGCCGCCUGCGCAACAUCCACAGGCAAAGUUCGAUCCGAUCCCCCCCGACCUCGACUUGCACGCGCUUGUCGAGAGAACCCCGAAUUUCCACUGGGUCCUUAGAAUAUCAGCAGCCCAGAUCCGGAACAUUGGGCAACAGGAGUUCGAAAAAUUGGUCUUCCUCCAUGUCAUUCACGGCGGGAAGCCGCUGGUCAUUGAGAGAUGGAACGAUCGGCUGCCCAAGACGCUAUUCAGCGCAAAAUGGCUCGAGGCCACCUACAACAAGAAAGCCGAGAAUGUCCGCGACAUCGUCGCCCAAACCGACAUUCCCAUGACGAUAGGACACUACUUGCGGUCUAUGAAGCAGCUGACGAACCAGUGGACUCCGAACAACUUCCGCGAUGAGCGACGGCAACGGCUCUAUCUCAAAGACAUCGACUGCCCGCCAGAGUGGCAAGAGUACCUUCAAAAAGUCAUCCCUCCGAACCUGUACUACAUGAACGGCAAUGUCGACGAGCGGGCGGCAAAGGGUCGCAGCGAAGAUAUGGAUCUGUUCCAGGAAGGAAAGUCUCCCGCCCCCGCAGGAGAUCUAAUGAGCAGUCUACCCGAAGAGAUGCGCGCCCAGAACCUCAUGUGCUACAUCGGCCACGAGGGCACCUACACCCCUGCACACCGCGAGAUGUGCGCCAGCUUGGGCCAAAACAUCAUGGUUGACGCGUCGGGUGACAAAAAUGGGGAGAAGCCGGGAAGUUCCAUCUGGUUCAUGACCGAGACAAAAGACCGCGAAGUGGUGAGGGAAUACUUCUUGUCCAUGUUGGGCCACGACAUCGAGAUAGAGAAGCAUUUCGCUCAGAUUAACGCUUGGAAGAAAGCGACCUUCCCGGUCUACAUCGUAGAGCAGAAAGUCGGAGACUUUAUUCUUGUUCCUCCCUUGGCUCCCCACCAGGUCUGGAACCGCGGCACCAGGACGAUGAAGGUCGCAUGGAACAGGACAACAGUUGAGACACUACAGCUGGCCCUCUACGAAGCGCUUCCUAAGGCUCGCCUGGUUUGCCGUGACGAGCAGUAUAAAAACAAGGCCAUCAUCCACUACACGCUGGAGAAGUACUACAAGGAGAUGGUGGAGAUGGAAAAGACGGCAGACAUUGGCCUACUUGGGUUUGGCCAAGAUUUGAUCAAGAGCUCGACAAGGAUGAAGCAAAUGGCCGCGGACUUUAAGGCGCUCUUCCGCUUGUAUACCGAAGUUCUUGUCGACGAAAUGUUUGCCACCAAGGAGAAGAAUGUCGACUAUAUCGAGUUCGACUCCAACAUCACUUGCUCGUACUGCCGGGCCAACAUCUUCAACCGCUUCUUGACGUGCAAGCACUGCGUACGCCAGUUGGUCAACGGCGACGAGGACACGUACGAUAUCUGUAUGGAGUGCUACGCCAUGGGCCGUUCGUGUUUCUGUGUCUCGGAGCUCAGCUGGUGUGAGCAGUGGCGCUGGCCUGAUUUGGUAGAUCGCUACGAGACCUGGCGUGCUUUGAUCAUUAAGAAUGACGGCUAUAUCAGCUUCAAUAGCUCCCCGCUCCCGUUGGAGCUGGCGAGAAAGAGAUUUGGCAAGAAGUCAGUCGCUCAGAUUUGCCAGGAGCAACUUCGGAUGCGGCCGUGGAAGGAUAUCACGCAGGUCAAGGAGCCUUCUGAGCCCGAGGAGUCGGAUAUCGAGGUUGACGACAAUGGCCGGCCAGUGAAGAAGAAGAAAAAGAAGCGGGCGAAAAAAGGCGACCUCUACCGCUGCCACGUCUGCCAACACAAAGACUACACGUACAAAGUCGCCUUCUGCUCCUCCUGCCCAGAAGCCUACUGCUACGGGGUGCUGUACCGGGCAUUCGACCUCAUGCCUCAGGAUGUAAUGCAGAACGAGCGUUGGCAGUGCCCUAGAUGCCUCAAGAUCUGCAACUGCGCCGCGUGCCGUCGAGCCGGGAACGGCACUCCUUACAUCCCGAAGACCACCCUCCUCGGACACGACACCCGGCGGAUCGCAGACGAUCGUAGCGUCGACUUUCUGGUCGACUUCCGGGGCCAUAACCUAAUGUGGCUCAAGAGCGUCGGCGAUGAAAGCAGAAGCUUGUCAAGCAAACGCAUGCAGAGGUUGCAACAAGCAGCCGAGGCGGAAAAGGCAAAGCAAGCGGAGCUGGCCGGCCAGGUUCCCGCAUUACCCGACGGAGCAUUGGCGGAAAGCAUGGACGCUGCCAACGGCUACGGUGAUCACAAUGGGGCGCUUGGACCCGGCCCAGCGCCCGCGGGGGAGAUCAGUGCACUCACCGGCACCGGCGAUGGACGCCACCCGAUUGGUGACCGCGCGAAUCACACAGGGUUGGCCAACAUAGUUGCAGUCGCGAGCGAGGAUCAGUCGUCAUAUCCAGACCCGUCGAUGCUUGCCCGCGAACGCAUGCUCGGUAUGGGCUUUUACGAACAGGACGACAGCCCUGACAAGAUUCUCUUCGACCCUUACCAGGCGCCCUCGGCAGAGAGCAUGGCGGUUGAUGACGAGCCCGAGAUGUCGGAGUACCUCAAGAAGCAACUUCGGAUUGCGAAGCGGCGGGCCCGGCGAGAAGAGGAUGAUGACCCCGACUUCCGGGUAGGACAUUCUCACCACAGAAAGAGGCCUAGGCUCGACCCCGAGCUGCAGCGUGAUCCGCAGGAAGUUGCAUUGAGCAACAUGGAUCCGGCCUUAUUUAAUGGUGACGUGGCGAUGCUCGAUAGCAGGACCCCUGCAGACGAAACUCGCCCGGCACAGCCUGAGGCGCCGGCGGAAGGCCCUCAGCAAGCGCCUGGGUUAGCGGAAGCGUCAGAGGACCCCCACGAACCUCGUCCCUAUUCUCCCAAUCGACCGGCUCUCCGACACGCGCGGCCUAAGAUUUCGUACAACGUUGACGAGGAGAACGACGAGGAUGAAUUUGACGAGAUUCUGAUCCCUCGGUCGCAGAGACCCUCUGAAGGUAUCACACGUUACAACCCAGAGGAUGCCAACAAAGAUCCGCUUGAUCUGGCUUCCGCGGCCAUUCUCACAACAGCUGGGGCGAGCAGGUCUACAGUCCAGGCGCCCGACGCACCGCCACCGUCCGGUAAAAAGCGCGGUCGGCCAAAGAAAACCGAGACGCCCGGAAGAAGCGCUGCUCCUAAUCCUGAGCCGGCGGAGAAGUCGAAGACUGAGAGGAGGCGUGGCCGGCCACCUCGAGGCCGCCCUUCGCUUGGGGCGGAACCGGAUAACGAGAAUGACGCUUCUGCCGCAGACCUUAAUGCUCAGCUUGCUCAGCAGCUCGAGAGUUUCGAUGACGAAGGCGAGGUCAUCAACCGGGAACCAGAGGCUACGUCUCCCGCUGAGCCUGCAACACUCGCCGGGACGAGGAGACGUGGCCGGCCACCCCGCAACACACAUCCGGAGAACCAAACGAGGAAGGUGGAAGUGGCUGUGGAACUCCCAUCUCAGCCCUUGCUGUCGAUGGCCGAGAGGAUGAGACUCAAGGGCAAAAAGUUUAAGGUCGGACAGCGCAAGAGUUCCGGUGGUGCAAAUACUGCCACGCCUAACAACGUACCGGCUAGGAAGAGCAGUCCAUCUGCCUCCAACCCGCCCCUGCUGGCUGAAGAAGCAUCCGCUAGUGAGAAGGCAGUCACCGAAGCCAGGAAUAAGCCCAGAAAACUGGUUGCUCGGGAAGGCACGGACAGUGCAGAUGAAGACUUCGAUCCGAAUGCCGAAGAGGUUGUUUCGGAUGAUGUUCGCAGCCCAUCGCCACCGCCACCCGCGCGGGAUGAGCCUGGUUCGUUUACGCAGAGUAUAUCAGGCACUCCAGCUCCAGCUCCCGCUCCCAUUCCAGUUCCUCCUACAGAGGAAGCUUCACCUUCACCUCCCGAACCGUCUCCGCCUGCCGAGCCAUCACCGACUGCAGAGACUUCUCUUCCAGUAGAACCAUCUUCGCCCGCAGAGCCUUCCCCGUCUCCAGUCCGGUCCCCAACCCCACGACCACCGCGGGUCUCUUCCGGCCCGACCAUCGUUAGGCUCAUGGACUCGGACGAAGAAGAUGACUAUGGUGGCAGUGGUGACGACCAGGACAAUGCGAGCGACAGCGUAUCGCAGUCAGGGUCGGCAUAUGAGUCUGGAGGACUGAGUGCCGCGCAGGAGCCUACUGACUCGGAUGACUCGGAUGACGAAGAUAUACCCGCGCGCAAGGAGGACGGAGGCGGACUGGGCUUGGCAAGUCGGGGGAGGGGAACGGCUGUCAGAGGGGGAAGAGGGAGAGGUAGGGGACGGGGACGGGGACGGAGACGGGGAAGAGGCAGGGGAAUGUGA